AUGGACAGCAGCGGCGAGCAGCGCCGAGGCGCAACUGCGCACAGCAACACAACAGAGCGUGUCUGCGCGAUCAUCCUCGCCUUCAUCUUCCCUCCGCUGGGGGUCUUCUUGCUGCGCGGCUGCAACAAGGAUCUGCUGAUCAAUGUUUUGCUGACGCUCCUUCUGCCCUGGAUCGGAGGCAUGAUUCACGCUGUAUGGAUCGCCGUGGCCGACGCCGGCGCCGAGGACAACCGCCGCCGCAGGCGCCACCCGACGGGCCUGCCUGUGACGCAGCCCCCUCAGUCUGGCGGCGGCUACGUCGCCCCUGCGCCCGUGCAGCAGCCGCCCUACCCUCAGGGGGCUCCAAACUACGCAGCCCAGUCUCCGCAGCUGCAGGGCCAGUCUGCGGCCGGCUACCCUGGCGUGCAGGGCGGGGCGGGGGCUUACCCCAAGAUGCCUGUCUCUUGA